AUGUGUCAACACCACCACAACCAACCCUCUGAUGACACCAACUCUCAACCUCCACCAGACAUACCAGUCUACAAUGAUCCCUUUCCCUGGCAUCUCGGCGCCUUUGACGCUCACUGCCAUCCAACCGACACAAUGUCCUCCAUCGCCUCUCUCGCCACUCUCAACACCCGCGUCCUCACUAUCAUGGCCACUCGCUCCCAGGACCAGCAACUCGUCGCAGAUGUAGCGUCUGAGCACGGAUGCAAAGUUAUUCCGGCGUUUGGAUGGCAUCCCUGGUUCUCCUACCAGCUAUACGACGACUCCAUCCCAAAUCCCACAUUCAGCACUCACAACGCCGAGGAUCCCAACAAAUCUACUGAACAAGAUGCCAAAAUCGCUCACUACAAGGCCGUUCUCUCUCCCACUCCCCAAGACCAAUCCUUCCUCUCUUCUCUCCCUACUCCAACCCCUUUAUCGUCCCUCAUAUCAUCCACUCGCCAAUACCUCACUUCUUUCCCUCUCGCGCUAGUUGGAGAAAUCGGCCUCGACAAGGGCUUUCGUCUCCCGCAACAGCGUCUCCCAGACGACGAUUCCUCUCGAGAUGAGAGCCUCACCCCCGGUGGACGCGAAGGCCGUCUCCUCAGCCCCUUUCGAGUGCAAAUGCAGCACCAGCAAGCCAUCAUGCAAGCUCAACUACGAUUAGCAGGAGAAAUGGGCAGAGCCGUCAGCGUGCACGGCGUGCAAGCUCACGGCGUCACAGAAGAGAUAACCAAGAAGAAGAAGAAGAAAGUUGGCGGCAAACCUUUCCCGCCGCGGAUAUGCCUCCACUCGUACAGCGGCAGCGCCGACAUGCUCAAGCAGUGGUUCCACCCGGCCGUCCCCUCCACCGUCUUCAUCUCCUUCUCCACGGCCGUCAACAUGAGCACCGACGGCAGCAAGACCAAGCUCGCCGCUGUCGUGCGCGCCGUGCCGGAUGACAGGAUCCUCGUGGAGAGCGACUUGCACGUGGCGGGCGGCGAGGCGGAGGCGCUGCUCGAGGACAUGUAUCGGCUGGUGUGCGAGAUUAAGGGGUGGCAUCUUGAGCAUGGGAUUGCGACGAUAGGGGCGAACUUUGAGAGGUUUAUACUCGGAUAG